AUGAAGAAAUUUGGUGGAUCAGGGAGAAGUAAACAAGCUUGUCAGGAAAGAAGAUGUCCAAAUAUGGCUAUCAAGGAAGUAGAAGAUGAUGAAUGCGAAGACCUUGAGAGGAAUGAUGAUGAAAAUCAGAAAAAACCUACAAAAAAGAUUACUACUCCUAUCAAGAAAGGUAAUCGUAAGACUAAGAUGAAAUGGAUUGGUAAACCCAUUGCAGAAGAAAAUAAAAAAAAAUACUACAGAAGUGUUAGGAUCAACGAUGAAGAAAUCAGUAUUGGAGAUGCAGUAUCAGUCAGUCCGCAGGAUCCAACCAAGCCUGUGCUAUUGGCAUUUGUAACUUACAUGUGGGAAGAUGGAAACAAAGAUCAGAUGUUUCAUGCAAAGUGGUACUGUCGUGGUGUUGACACUGUAUUAGGCGAAAUGGCAGAUCCAUUAGAAGUUUUCGCAGUUGACGAAUGUGAAGAUACUGCGCUGGAAUAUGUGAUGGGAAAGAGCAAGAUUAUGUAUAAAGCACCGCCAGAAAAUUGGAGCAUGUUAGGUGGUGAGGAGGUUGAGAAUUUCAUCACUGAUGAUGAUGGCAACACAUUCUACUACCAGAAGUGGUAUGACCCAGAUUGUGCACGCUUUGAAGAUAUACCUGUGACACAGAGACCUGAUGAUAUGCCUAGUCAUCGAUAUUGUGAUAGUUGUCAGAGAAUGGAACAAAUUAGAAAGAAUGAAACUCCACACGUGUCAGAAAAGCUUGAGGAGGACAAACAGAACCCCAAAGUGGUUUAUUAUAGUGUACUUAGUAAAGGUGGAUUGGAUUACAGAGUUGGUGAUAGUUGCUAUUUAUUGCCUGGUUCAUUUUACUUCAAUGUGAAGCCAGCUCCACCUCCAUCCAAAGUAUCACGCAAAGAGAAUGUGGAUGAAGAGGUAUACCCAGAGUAUUAUCGCAAGACAUCAGAAUAUGUUAAAGGCAGCAACAUUGAAUGCCCAGAACCAUUCAGAAUUGGCAGAAUUAUCAAGAUCUUUACAAAGAAAAGUCCUAACAAGUUGGUGGAGGAGAUAAAGCUAAAAGUAGUAAAAUUUUACAGACCAGAAAACACCCAUAAAGGAGUGACAGCAAGCUACACAUCUGAUCUCAAUCUACUUUACUGGAGUGAUGAAGAAGCUGAGAUUGCUGCUUAUGACAUCCAAGGUAAAUGUACAGUUAUGUUUGAGGAAGAAUUAAAUGAGUCUGUUCAAGAAUACACAAGAAAAGGCCGGGAUAGAUUCUACUUUUUGGAGGCAUACUGUAGUAAAUCAAAGGAAUUUGAAGAGCCCCCUAGCAGAGCCAGGACUAUAAAGGGAAAGGGUAAAGGGAAAGGAAAAGGAAAGUCUUCGACACCAGUAAUUGAGGUAAAGCAGGUUGCUGCUGUGAAGGAUAAUUUCCAGUACAGAAAGUUACGAUCACUUGAUGUUUUCGCAGGAUGUGGCGGACUCUCUGAAGGAUUCCACCAAUCUGGAGUUGCUGAAAGUACCUGGGCUAUAGAGAAGGAAGAACCAGCUGCACAAGCAUUUCGUCUCAACAAUCCUGGGUGCACUGUGUUUACAGAUGAUUGCAAUACGCUACUAAGAUUAGUCAUGGAUGGUGAAACAACCAAUUCAGUUGGACAGAAAUUGCCUCAGAAAGGUCAAGUUGAGUUACUAUGUGGUGGACCUCCUUGUCAAGGUUUCAGUGGAAUGAAUCGAUUCAAUUCAAGAGAGUAUUCCAAAUUCAAGAAUUCCUUGGUUGUCUCCUACCUCAGUUAUUGUGACUACUACAGGCCAAAGUUCUUUCUUCUGGAGAAUGUGCGCAAUUUUGUGUCUUUCAAGAAGAGUAUGGUGCUGAAAUUGACAAUGAGGUCACUCCUCUCAAUGGGAUAUCAGUGUACUUUUGGUGUUGUUCAAGCUGGUUUGUAUGGAGUUGCACAAACUCGAAGGAGAGCUAUUAUCUUAGCAGCUGCACCUGGGGAAAAGCUACCAUUUUAUCCAGAACCUGCCCAUGUAUUCUCACCCAGGGCUUGUCCUCUUAGUGUUACCAUUGAUGAGAAAAAGUACGAGUCAAAUAUGGCGCGUGUAUGGUCAGCACCAUAUCGUACUAUUACGGUCCGAGAUGCGUUGUCAGAUUUACCUGAAAUAAGAAAUGGAUAUAAUAAACUUGAAAUGUCAUACGACAGAGAAGCACAGAAUGGAUAUCAAAAAGCGAUUCGUGGUUCACAACAUCAACCUAUUCUGCGUGAUCACAUAUGCAAGGAGAUGAGUGCAUUGGUUGAAGGGCGUAUGCGUCAUAUUCCACUGGCCCCCGGUUCUGAUUGGAGAGAUUUACCAAAUAUUGCAGUCAGAUUAUCUGAUGGCAAUACUUGUAAAAAACUACGAUACCUGCAUCCAGACAAGAAAAAUGGUAAAGGUCCCAAUGGCCAACUGCGUGGUGUAUGUGCAUGUGCUAUGAAUAAACCAUGUGACCCAACUGAUAGACAGUUUAACACUCUGAUUCCAUGGUGUUUACCUCAUACUGGUAAUAGACAUAACAACUGGGCUGGUUUGUAUGGCCGUGUGGAAUGGGAUGGAUACUUCAGUACAACAGUCACCAAUCCUGAACCUAUGGGGAAACAGGGCCGUGUUCUGCAUCCUGAACAACAUCGUGUAGUCAGCGUUAGAGAGUGUGCUCGCUCACAAGGAUUUCCGGAUACAUAUCGUUUCUAUGGAACAAUAUUGGAUAAACAUCGACAGGUUGGAAAUGCUGUUCCACCUCCCUUGGCUAAACAUCUAGGUUUAGAAAUAAAGAAAUGUGCAGAGGUCAGUCAGCGACACCAACAGACCCUUGAAGAUAAAAAAUAACUAGUUUUCUAGAAUAUUAAAAAAAUCACAAAGCUACUAAAUCUAUAUAUUCUAGGCAGAUCAAUUUAUGAUAACCAUGUAUAUAUCACAUCACCCCUUCAAAAAAAUGUUUGUAGUAUUUUUUUGAAAAAAAAAUAGUUUGCAACUCUUACAACUUUGUCUGACAAUUAAUGUUCUUUGUAUUUCACAAGCUAGAAAUUGUUUCUAUGGCAACAAAAGUAAAAUAAUCUUAUCUGUAUUGUGAUUUAUAUGUAUUUUGAAAUUUUAAAUAAUCUAUUUUAAAACUAAAAUUACUGUAUUUUAAUGGUAGAAAAGACUUGCAAAAAAAUAGUGUUUUAAAAUAUGUAUUUUUGAAAAUGUAUUCUUUAUACAUAUACACAUAUGUGCCAUUACACUCACUGCCAUUUCAACAUAAUUAAUAAAGUUUCUUUUUUUA